AUGUUAAAACAUAAGUUAACACCUUUACUGAAGAGUAAGGGGGAACUUUAUUCAAUCCUUAAUUUCCGGAAUAUAUUUAGGAAUUAUGUAGGAACGACUAGAGAUGAUGGGAAAAAGGAAACUCCAAUACAUCAAAAAAUAACAUUUUCGGGAAUCCAACCAACAGGAACACCACACUUAGGAAAUUAUCUUGGAGCCAUAAAGAAUUGGGUAACAUUACAAAAGAAUAAAUCAGAAACCGAAUUGAUAUUAUAUUCUAUAGUUGAUUUACAUGCACUUACAAUAAUUCCAAGGGAUGCAAAAUUGUUGCAGAAAAGUAAAAUUGAGAUGACAAUUAUAUUAAUGGCUUGUGGAAUCGAUCCAAAGAAAUGUUUGAUUUUUGAGCAAUCAAAGGUAUCGGCACAUUCGGAAUUAUCAUGGAUAUUGAGUUGUAUUACACCAAUUGGAUGGUUAUCUAGGAUGACACAAUGGAAGACCAAAUUUCAAGAACAAAAAAAUGUAAAAUUAACCGAGAAUAUUGAUAUCACUCGUGGAAUGGAUUUAGGAUUAUUUGGAUUAUUUGCUUAUCCCGUAUUACAAGCUGCUGAUAUAUUACUUUACAAAUCUACCCAUGUACCAGUUGGUGAUGAUCAAAUUCAACACUUGGAAUUAACGAGAGAUUUAGCCGAUAAAUUUAAUAAAUUGUAUAAGAGAAAUGUAUUUCCCUUACCACAAACUAUCCUCGUUCCGGCGAAUCGUAUUUUAUCACUUAAAGAUCCUUUGAAAAAGAUGUCAAAAUCUACACCACUCGAAUAUUCUAGAAUAAAUUUGACAGAUUCACCCGAGAAUAUUUCACAAAAAAUAAAACGGGCCAUUACGGAUUCGCAAGAAGGAAUUUCAUAUUCGCCUGAUACACGUCCUGGGAUAUCCAAUUUAAUUAAUAUUUAUUCCAGUUUUACGGGUUUGACCAUCGAACAAGUUGUAAAUGAAUAUAAAAAUAGCGAUAAUAAAAAGUUUAAAGAGUCGGUUGUUGAUGUGAUCGUACAGAAUUUACAACCGAUUCAAAAAGAGGUUGAAAAGUUAAAAAAAGAGGAAGGAUAUGUGAAUUGUAUACUUGAGGAUGGUGCGAAAAAAGCAAAUGAAAUUGCCAAAAGAAACUUUGAAGAAAUUUGUAAAGUUAUCGGGUUGCGUUGA